AUGGUACGGGUUGUUCCAUGUCCACCAGAGCAAGUACUAAGCAGGGAUGACAAGAAAUCACAUGAGAUGCCAUGGCUACAAGAUGAGACAAGUUUAGGAAUGCUGAAUACUUCCACCUGGGUUGCUGGGGUUGACAUGGAAUCUGUUUUGAAUGAAAUGGAAAGUUACUUACCACCACCUCCUUCGUGUUCUCAGUCGAUGUCAAGUGAAGGCACAUGUAUUGCAGCAACAGCAGCUGAAGGUGGAGCUGAAGCACGACUCAUUAUAGAUGCCCAGAUCAAGCAAGAACAGGAGGAUGUUGAUGGGAUGUGUUCAGUUGAAGACAUGCCAAUGUCUCCUCCAAUCUCAGAGAUUCCCACCCUCCCAUCAGAUUUCAGACCACAGCCCAUGCACAGGAAAGCUGCAAAGCAUUAUGUCCCAAAGGAGCAGAAGGAUGACAAAUAUUGGGCAAAGAGGGCGAAAAACAAUCUUGCUGCAAAGAGGUCUCGAGAUACAAGGAGAAUAAAGGAAAAUCACAUCAUUCUCAGGGCUUCCUUCCUUGAGGAAGAGUGCUUCCUGGAUCCAUUUGAGGUGAAUUUCAAAGUCUUUGAACUUGCAGGUGCCAUGAAAGCUCUCAAUGAGACAGUUUGGCCUUUUGUUUAUGCCUUUUUCAUGACAUUAGUUCAAAUCAUCAUCAUCUCAUUUAAUUCUUUUUCCCCUGCUUCCCUGGAGCUUUUUUUGCCCCUGUUGGUCAAUCUUGUGGAUGAUGUUGAUGAUGUAUUUCGCAAGGUCAGCAUCUGCAAUACACCAAAUCCAAGGCAAGGUGCACGUCUCUUCGAACAACUGGCCAAAAAUUCGUGUAGUGUACAGGCGAACAAAAUUAAGGUCAUCGUUUUUCGUCAAUAUUUUAAUUAA